AUGUAUCGCGCAGUACUAAGAUCAUCGCCAAGCGCGUUGCGCGCCAUCCGGCCAACACUCGCUUCAAGCUCGAGACGACUUCUCUCAACAGCCCCCGCGGCCAAGAAGAGCACAUGGAAGGGCACCGGGCUACGAUGGGGUCUCGCCAUCGCCGCUGUCUACUUCUACAAUACCAGCCCCAUAUUUGCAGAUGAGCUUCCUCCUCAAACAGUUGCCGCCCCUCCACACUUUUCCGAUUCCGACCUUCCUACCAUCGAUGCCGUGAUCGAGCAGAAGAGGCGGCAAGCCGCUGCAUCUGCUCCACAGCCGCCUUCCCCGCCGGAGCCGACGAAGACCGCCGAGGUUCCGAAGGAAGAAGCCAAGCCAGCUAAGACGGAGAGCGCUUCAUCUGCUGUUGCGGAACCUGCUGCCGCCGAGAGCCCCGAGCCUGGGUCUCCCGAGGCUCUUGAGCAAGAGGCCACUCAACAAGGCGCAUUUGAUCCGGAGACCGGCGAGAUCAACUGGGAUUGUCCCUGCCUUGGUGGCAUGGCUCACGGCCCGUGUGGAGAGGAAUUCAAGGCAGCGUUCAGCUGUUUCGUCUAUUCAAAAGAGGAGCCGAAGGGGAUGGAUUGUAUCGACAAGUUCCAACACAUGCAGGAUUGCUUCCGGAAGUACCCCGAAAUCUAUGGUUCCGAACUAGCAGAUGACGACGAGGAUAGGGCAGCCGCCCCAGCUCAGGAAGGCGCCGAGGCCUUACAGGCAAAGCCUGCCGAGACUCAGGCAUCGGCCGGCGAAACACAACCGCCUGCCUCGCGCGAGGGAGACGCUGUAGCGCCGAAGGAGAAGAGCGCAGUACCACCUACCGAGACAAGGUCAGACAGCAUUCCGGUGAAGGCUGUUGACGCGACCGAGGCGAACAAGGGCAACGGGCAAUAG